GUUAGCAAUAGUACACAUAUUGACGGGAGACAACCAUCGUUUGCAAAGAUGGCGAAUCCGGGUUGUUCCGCAUUUUCUAAUGACGGUCAAUAUUUAGCAAAUUGCGGUAUUGAUGGAAAAUUAAAAAUUUGGGAAACCGCAACAAAUCGUCUUAAAGUAGACUACGUCCCUAAUUAUCAUUUAAAAUCUCCUUGCAGUGUAAUAAAAUGGAUAACUGUAAGCCUACAAUCGACCAACACAACGUCACCAUGGAAGAAGCGAAAGAGAAAAUCAAUGGACGAGGAGGUAAAUCAAAAGGAAGUUAUUGCCAUGGGAUCAACUAGCGGCCAUGUAACAAUAUUUGACGUAGCAUCAUCAACAGUCAGCAAUCAAUUGCAAAAUGGACAUACAACGUCAAUUUCAGCGAUUGCUUGGAAAACGUCAACGGGCCUUUUUACAGCUGCGGAGGAUCAUCAAAUUAUCCAUUGGAAUAUCCAGGAAAAUGGAAUCAAAUGUAAAUGGAAAUCGGGUAAAGGAAAAGUAACAGCAAUUGCAGUUGUUCCUGAUGGAAAUUCUCUCCUCACCGCCGAGAGAAUAAUCACAUGGUGGGAUCUUAAGACAAAAAAUAUAAUAGGAACUUUCACUGGUCAUAUUAAUCAAGUUAAUUCAUUGAACAUUGUAAAAAUAGAUGACGAUACUAAUUAUCUUAUUAGUAGUGCCACUGGAGAUUCCUAUCUCAGUGUUUGGUCACUAAAUGAAGCGAAAAAGGGGAAAACGUCAGCAGCAACGUUUACGAUGCAAGAUGAAGCGAUGUCAGUUUCAGUGAGAUUAAUGGAAGACUCUCAGGUGAUGGUCCUUGCGGCAACGAGAAGCGGUCAAGCUCAUUUAUAUAAAUACCAACCGAAUGGAACGACACCAAAACCGAUUAAACCCUCGUUAAACAUUUUCUUUACUUCUGAUACGAGUCAAAAAGAGCAGAACAUGCAACAAAUUCCGAUUUUAAAAGGGCAAUUGACAGAAGAUACGAAAUGUAUUUUGGCGUACGGUUCAUUCAUAAAUAUCAAUUUCGAAAAAGUAGUGCCCGAUUUCUCCGAGAAGGUCAUGUACUUGGAGAGGACCGACUACAAAAAACAAAAAGAGAAGAAGGACGAGGCUGUUUCUAAAGUAAAAGCUACGGACACUGAAGGCGAAGUGCAAUAUCUUGUGCCAGGAGCAAUAGGUAGUGCGCAAAAAAGGUCGGGACGUUCUGGAGCGGGCUCACAGAUACCUUUGAAAAAUAGGUUGGAAAAUCUCAGUUUGAAUACUGAGGCGAGUACGCCCGGAAAAACACCAAGCAAAGGAGACAACAUGGUACAGCUACUUAUGCAAGGUUUACAAAGUAAAGAGAGAGAAAUUUUAAACAACGUCCUCUUUACAAAGAAAGAAAGUGUAAUUAAGAACACAGUUGCAAAAUUACCUGUUCAAGCAAUUAUACCUUUGCUCAAGGAAUUAACUGUCAUGUUACAAGGAAAAACAUACUCGAGCAAAAUUGCGGUUACGUGGUUGAAAGCUUUAAUAGCAACUCACGCCGCUCAACUUUUAUCGCAUCCAGAUAUUGGAGAAGAAUUAAAUCCUAUUUUAGGAAUUGUAGAUGCUAAAUUAACACUUUUAACCGAAUUGUCAAGGUUAAGGGGACGCGUUUCUCUCAUAACAGGACAAAUUUCGAGCAUCAAUGAAAAAGAAGAGAGGGACCCUACAGAAGAAAGUCUUCUCGUUUAUCAAGAUCGAGAUUCAUCAGAUGAAAGCACGGACAUGAACGAAGUUGAAUUAGAGAGUGUUUCGGACGAAAAUUGGGAAGAAAUAUCGGAUCAAGAACAAGUCGAAAAUUGUAAAUCGGAUGACGACGCUUCAAUUUGUAGUUAAAAAUAUCAAUUUAAAAAAAUAAGAUUUUUCAGUUACUUAUAAAUAAUAAAUACAAGUGAAGAAGAGCUUUAUGGCGCAUAAUUUCACAACACUGGUUAUUAUUAACUUAAAUACUGUGUCUUCCAGUAAUUUUCUGGUAACUCAAACUGAAAAUAAUCUUAAAAUAAUUCUCAAAUAACUGUAUUUUUUCAUUUCAUGUGUGAAAUAUAAACAAGACUCGUGCCUACAUUGAUUUUUCUGUAAAAAAUACCUCUCUGUACAUUAAAUGGUCUCAAAGUCGAAUUUUACGAUUGUAAAAUUUUCUUGCUUGAAUACAAUACGUUUAAAGAAAAA